AAGGAGGACUCCUGCAGUUUUGUGGACUUUUCCUGAGUGACAGGAUCUUCCCGGAGUGACACUUUUACGGCGAGAUCAAGUAGUGGGAUUCUUUCCAAGUUUUGCAGCCAUGGGAACUAUGUCGCGAUGUUAGACAACGCGUUAUCUUUUGAUUUAUUUUCAGUUUUUAUCGCAGCGUUUUUGAGUCUCGGUGCGCGAUGGAGUCUGAAGCCGAACGGGGCGAUGGGAUCCUCCGUGCGCUUUGAAGACCGAGGAUGUGUGUGUGAUGGUGGACAGACUGGGGCCGAUCAUGGAGCCUGAGCUGAACUGCAGCUCCCAGUGUGAUUCCCCACUUUGCUUCAUCCAGUCAGGAGUCAACAGGGAAGACGGCCUUGACAUUCUGCAGAGACUAUGUGGUCUCAGCACGAUGGCAGUGGAGCUCCCGAGGCGUUCCCUCUCUCCAGUGCUGAGUGCUGUGGUGUGGACACUGCUCUCCUGUGGCAUCCUGCUGGCAUUCUGCUUCCUCCUCUUCACCCUGCGCUUCAAAAACAACAGGAUAGUGAAGAUGUCCAGUCCCAACCUGAAUGUCCUGACCCUCUUUGGAAGCAUCCUCACCUACAGCAGCGGCUUCCUAUUUGCUAUUGAUGAGCGAGCUCACUCACAAUCUGGAGCCUCUAUAGCUGUGCUACAAGCUCGGAUGUGGAUGCUUUGUGUCGGGAGUACCCUGGUCUUUGGCCCAAUUUUGGGGAAGACGUGGAGACUGUACAGAGUGUUCACCCAGCGAGUGCCUGACAAGAGAGUGAUCAUUCGUGACAUCCAGCUCAUGGGCAUGGUGGCUCUGCUGAUCCUGGUGGACAUGCUGGUUCUCACAGCCUGGAACCUGGCAGACCCCAUCAGGUGUUUGCGAUCUGUCGGAGCCGUUGUCAAGGUGGUGGAGAGAGACAUUUCUUACUCUUUGUCUCAGCUGGAUUCAUGCUCUUCUGUAUACUCAAAUCUGUGGAUCAUCAUUAUUGUGGUCCUGAAGGGCUGUCUCCUCCUCUAUGGCACUUAUCUGGCUGGACUGACCAGCAACGUCAGCCAUCCUCCGGUCAACCAGUCUCCCACCAUCAUAACCACUGUCUCUCUGGUCACCUUCUCCUCUGCCGUGGCCAUCCCUGUGUCCGUCUUCUUGCAGGCCUGGCCCAACCUGGUCUACAGCACCGUGGCUGGAGCCAUCUUCAUCUGCACACUGGCCACUAACUGCAUGCUGUUUGUGCCUCAGCUGACCCAGUGGCGGCAGUUUGAAGAGGAUCAGAACAACCCAAGUCAGAUGGCCAAAUAUUUCAGCAGCCCCAGUAAGAGCCAGGGUUCUGUGUACAGCCAGGAUGAGAUCUACUACCUGCUGGGGGAAAACAGCUCUAUGAAAAAACUCCUGAAUGAGAAGAAUGCUGUGAUUGACAGUCUUCAGGAGCAGGUGAACAACGCCAAGGAUAAACUCCUUCGACUCAUGUCAGCCAGCCAGCCGUCUGAGGACCAGGACAUGGACUCCUCGGCCACCAACCUCAACUCCUCCUCCACUCAGACCACAGAGCUUCAGUCUGAAGGCCCCUCUUCUUCUUCGCUAUCUCAGAGAGAGUCUAAAUCCAGACUCUCACCCCCUCACCUCUCUCCUUACCUCCCCGCUGCUCCUGUUUCAUUAUCUGUGGUUUCACCGUCCUCUGAACCUCCCUCUGCUCCAAACUCUGCAGCCCCUAUUUCUGUUUCCUCCCCUCUCCCGGUUGAAGUUUUCAUGAGUGAAACCCAGAGAGAUGUUGCCGUUACUGGCCCUUCAAGCAGAGACACAGCUGAAUCCAGAACAGGGGAGGAUCUCAAACAGUCCCUCCCGUUUCCUGGUUUACUCAGGACAGCGGAGGAGACGGUGCAGUUUGUCACUUCUCUACAGUCCCGUAGAGGUCUAAACCCCUCUGAGGCUGACACUCAGAGUGGUCUAACAGUUCAGCUGGGACCAAACGCAAGGCCAGCUGGUUUUAUUAGCAGCGAACAGUUGCAGGAGAUCCUCCAGGAGCUCAGCGUGGAUGCAGUUAUGGAAACCACACUUCGAUCUCCGGGUCAAGCAUCCAGAACGACACUGACUAAAACAUCCGCACUCUCCCCUCUCUCCUUGCCAACGCCUUCCUCCCCUCAUCCACCUGUUCUCUUCCGCUACCCCAGCAUCUCCCCCUACGCCAUGAGGAAACGUCGGCCGCCCUUUCACUCCCCCAGAAGAGGUUUGUCCCCUCCCUGCUUCUUCACAGGAUCAGAGAUUCCUGCAUGUGGGAAGACAGGAGAUACUUGUAAGCACCAAAACAACCCAGGAGAACUCCCUGAAGGCAUCACGGUGGAUGACGCCUUUCUGCAGGUUUACAGCAGCGACCUUGAUGUGGAAAAAGAGGAGGAGGAAGAGGAUGCAGAAGGGCAUGGAGUUAGAAAAAAAUGUCAAAGAUGUAUUUUAAGGUCUCACAGAUGUGCAGAGCAACAUGAAAUGGAAGUGGGUGGUGAAAACGAGCAGCGCCAUAAACGUAUCAGAGACUCCUGUGGGUACUGGGACUCGGACUCGAGCAGCUCGACAGAUUAUUGCUACUACCACCGUCCUUACUGUGACUCUUGCCUGCAGCGAGGCUCGCUCCUGAGCUCGGACAGCUCCUCAGACUCCUCCGACAGCGAGUACGACGACUAUACGAGCCUCUACCGCUCCCCGCGGCCCGUGGUGUUCAAAGAAGACCUCAAACCCACCUUUGUAUGAACACAUUCACUGCACUUUAGAUAUUUAUCCAUUUCCACCACUUGAAUUUAUGUCCUCACAAAUGUUGUGCUUCUAUGAUGAGAGAUAAUUUGAUAAUUGAUACAUACCAUAUGAAAAGAUGAUCAGUCUUCUUCAAUCUUGCAUUACUGGAUGGUCAUUAUUUUACCCAUGAGGCUAGUUUUGUAUCUCAAAGGCACACAUUGUUGUUUGUUUUUUAAUAUUUCUCAUGGCAUUAUUUGUAUAUUUCUACUGGCAGAUGAAAGUCCUUGACAUUUAGAAAAGUGCUUUUUCAAGGAACUUAAUUUUAAAAAAUGGGAUGACAGAAGCAACUAAAUUUAAAAAAAGUAGCAAGUAAAAGCACAAUGAUGCAAAAUCAAAGAGUGUCACAAAAUAUUAUGUACACUCUAUUAGCUGUAUUUAUUUUGAUAUUUAUUUGCCGAUGUUUUGGUGUACUUUAUGGUUCAUUUUUUUUUACUAUUUUACAUUAUCAUACGUAUAUUUUAAACUGAUGUAAUGUCAUUUUGUUGCAGAAUCUGAGAUCUCCUGAACAGCCUUUAUGGAUCUGUCUAGUUACUUUUCUCUGUGUGCUUUUGUUCUCAGUAUCAUGCCCUGUCUUAAGAGUAAUUAAUAUGCAAAGGUAGCAGUCAGUUGGAGUGUUUGCCUGAUGUGUGUCUGUGUGAGAGACAGAGACCUGCUGACCUUUGGCUUCUAAAUCCUUACUCAGGACAGCGAAAGAAACUCCACACCACUCGUUCUGCAUCUUUUCCUGUUUUACUGUAGAUGAGCCUCCUCAGCAUGAACGGCCAAACAGAAAAUGUCAAAAACAGCGGCUGGAUGCAAGCCUACAUUAAUGUGCUCAGGGGCCACGGUGCAAAAAUGGGCCCCUGUUAAGUCCCACUAUCACAUUACCCCAAAGCACUCAAACCAGCCUGUAUUUAUGUGCAUAUGUAUUUAAGGCAUAUACUAUAUAAGCAUUAAUUUGGACAUCAAACAACUGAUCCUCAAGAUUGUGAAAAAACUACAGGAACUACCUUAGGACCCUCAUCAUUUCAGUUUAUAAUUGUGCCUAACAAAUGUGUCAUUAAGCAAGCAUAUUACCAAAAAGAAACUGUGUUAGAGGAUCUGAUAUAGUUGCAUCCCUUGUUUCUUUGCUGACCUUCAUUUGACUUCUAGUGCUAAAAGCAAUGUUUUCCCGUAUAAGAAGAGCUCCAGCCUCCAUAUCAUGAGACUCUAAUCAUCAGUAAAAUGGUUCAUGAAGACAGAUUUCCAUAAUAUUCCUGCAAGACAGACAGAAACUCUCUUCCAUCUUAUUUCAGAUUUCUCUUUCCUAACUUGCCGUUUGCUCUCACUCCCUUCCACUAUCUGUAUUUUUUCCUUCCGCAAAUGGGGAAAAUGUGUGUUUGCCGGGGGAAGUGUUGCUAUGAAGGGAAAAACACUGUCUUGCAUUACUUCUGCUCAGCUGCCUGCUUUUGAGAUGCUGCUGCUCUCUAUUCUGCAUAUGAAGCAUUGAAGGGCAGCCUGGGAGAAAUUCCCUUUGAUAUGGAGCAUUGCAAAGUAUAAAUAAACCACACAAAAGACAGACCAGCAGCCCACCGAUCACUGUGAAGGAGGGAAGACUUUCCUGCCACGCUAAGAUAGCUGACCUGCAUUCUGUUUCCGAUGAGCAACACUGGCAUACUGAGGAAUAAAAAGCUGUUGGCAAUCAA